CAAUGACCUUGGCGGUCCGAUCCCGCGAUGUAUAUAGCGAUGGUGAGGAAGUAGCCCGAGCUGGCGUUCGAGGUAGAAAAGUUCAGACGAGACAUAGUUUGGGCUCUGGUACCAGCCAAUUAGCUUGUUGUUGCUGAAUGUCUCGAGAAUUUUUUUUUUUUUUUAAAACAAGAAGUCACAAGCAUAAUCAACUUCAUGUCAAGAUUUAGGAAAGUUUGCUCUUCACCCUGAAGCCUUUUUUUUUUUUUAACCACAUACAGAGAGGCUGGCAACUUCCAGUAAGAAGUACAUGUUUAAAGGUGUCUGCGACAAAUUGGGCCCUAUUUGUUGCUUCUCAAUGCCCCAAAAAAGAACAAACAAGAUAAUUUCUGGGUCCUUAUUGCACACCACAUGAUUGCAAUGCAAGAUCACAUGAGUGGAUUGUAAAAUAAACUGCAGCAUGCCCCGUAGUGCCGGCCACUCGAUGCCUUCCGGCUCAUAUACAAUUUCUGCGUGGCGAACCGGUUUAUUUGACUCUGUCCAUAGUCAGCGCAAAAUCAAAAUAAUUUCCCUUGACCUCAAAUUAAGCUGCUUUGCUGCGGUUUUAAAUCUAAAAAGAAAAAAGCCAUUCCUUCCAUGGUGAAUGCAAAUUUACACACUUGAUUUAUUUUACUGGCCGGCUAUGCAGUACCCAAAAAAACCUAGUCGGAUCACAUGCAAUCCUGCAAUUUUUUGGUUCUCCGAGAGGAAAGGUCUGCAUUAAAGAUAAAGAAGCAGUCUCUUUGUGGUGCUUCGACAUCAUAUGAUCAAGCAUGAAACGGCAGCGUUCUUCAAGCGCGCUCUCGCUAUGAGUCACGGUCUUCCCCUGCACACUUGGUUGCAUGUUAAAUAGCGUGUUGUUUUGUGUUUACCCUCUUUGCGCAGCCACUCUCACACUGCAUGAAUUGAUCACCGCCAACUCCUUUGUACCUUCGCACACAAACUCAAACCUCCUGCGCUGUUCAAAGUACAAACAAAGAAGCAGCUAUUUGAAGGAUGCUCGCGCCAUCCAAAUAAAUAAAUCAACAAGGCAGAUAAUGAAAGCCAUGCCGGCGCGGUGCUGCUUCAAAUGGGCCGGUGUCAUUCACUGUCAUAGCGGGGGGAAAUUAGAGCCAAUUUUACACUAAUCCGGAACAGACAUGUUCUCUUCUGAGGGCCUAGUGGCUUGCCCUAUUGUCCCAGGAAAAAUCUUACAGGGGUGCACAGUUGCACCUCGGCUACAUUAUUCUUAAUACGCAUUCAGACUUAUUUCCUGCCUUGUUAGAGUAAAUUAAUUCAAACCCACUAGACCAGGAACGGACGGGUUGCGCUCCCGAUGUGUCAACGAUAGACCAGAAGUGCGCAAGCCCUAGCAGAGGUUAAAUGGGUUAAAUGAGAACUAAUUUGGACCUCUUUCAGAUUUUCAAAUGCAAAUCUGGUAUGGCGUCUGCUUGGUUGAUGAACGAGAACUCAAUUGCUUUAGAAAGAAGCGUGCAGUUGUGCACUACAGUUUUGCAAUUAUAGGAAAUAUGAAAUAGAUGUGAUUUAAGUCAAUCUGGUAUCUGGCACCAUAUAAUGUUCAUGUGGUUAAAAAGAGUGUCAACACACCUUGAAAUGAGCUUGUGUAACUUUUCCAUAGUUAGUCAUGUUACUGCGAAAUACUACUUUGUAUUACUAAAUAUAAACUGCAUUGGAAAAUAUGUCUUAUAAGUUGUUGAAAGUGAAUACUGUAUGAAUGCUGUUUUCCUUCAUAACAAUAACAGUAACAACAAAUGCAAGUUUGCUGUAUAGACUGAUCCACAUGAAUCACAAUUGUGAUUAUUUUUUUACAAUACAUACUGGCACAAUACUUAUUUUUCUAUGCAUUCAUGUUUAAGCAUUAACUAGUGUGUGUCAAGGCCUAGGUGUUAGCGUAGCAUACCUGCAUGUGUCAGAGAAGAAGAACCACACUUGGCCCUAUGAUGGAAAGGCCGCAACACACAGCUAUAAAAGGAAAAGUCAUGGAUGCAGAGCAAGUGGGUUCACUGGGGUCCGAGGGAGAGGAUGAGGUGGGCCUCUGGAGUCGGGAGCCCCAGGACUACCAGGAGAGCCUGGACAAGACGAGUAGGACUCCCAGCGAGGGCACGGAAGAUCCCAGCAGCCCCGCCCUCUCCGGGCAGCCCCACAGUCCCGGGAGCGGCGGCGGCAGCGGCGACAUCGGCAGGAAAUUCUGGGCCCAGGUGGAACCAGAAUCCGAGGCCACAGACGACGGCGGCGUCGGCGGCGCCUCUGCCGGCGACAGGGAGGGGGAGCAGGGAUCACUGAGGAUGCACUGUAGGAGCUCCGACUCCCACAUAGACUUGGAAGACCUUGCUCAUUACGACUUCCUGGCCAAGCUGAGGAAGGCCUCCACCUCAGUCGACCUUUUAGACCAUUUCGGCCGCAACGGCACCGCCGCCGUGCACGACGGUGGUGGGGGCGGGACCAAUGAGGAGUUACCGCCUGCUAUGUGGUCCCCUGGAGUUCAACACCACUCCCCUGAGGGUGCAGAUUCAAGAAGAAGGCUGCAGGCCUGUCCCUUCUGUCACAGGACAUACCAGCAUGGCGCCUCACUGAGGGACCACAUCAAAUACUGUCAGGAGAGGGACCGGGGCCACAUGCUGUGUCCUUUCUGUGGAUACAGCGCCCUCCAUAGGGUGCAAUUGGAGCAACACCUGACACUUCACCAACUGCAGGACAAGAGCGGCAUCAGUUUGGAUCAAGGCGUUGAGACCAGGAAGUUCAAAUGUCUGCAGUGUGGAAAGGCCUUCAAGUACAAACACCAUCUCAAAGAGCACCUUCGCAUCCACAGUGGAGAAAAACCGUACGAGUGUGCCAACUGCAAGAAACGUUUCUCUCACUCGGGCUCAUACAGCUCCCACUUGAGCAGCAAAAAGUGCCUCGGCAGCGGCGGGACGCUCGCAAAUUCUGGAGGAACGAGCGCUCUGUUUAACGGACAUCAUCAAAACUCAUACCAGCACUCCUUUUCGGCAUCUCCGAGGAACAGCAAGAGCUCUCCUUGUGCGUUACAAGUCCAAGACAUCAGCAGGCCCACGGGACAGGGACCUGACGAGCCUUCCCAGCUUUCAGGGCAGGAUUUCAGCUUCCGGACUUCAAAGUUGGCUUCCCUUUGCAAUCCCGCCGCGGAGCUUUCUUUGAGAGCCAGCAUCUUGAAAGGGAGCACCCUACUGCCUUACCUCCAAUCUGGCUCCAAGUUUGAGCAAAUGCUGCAAGAGAUGCUCCACAGGGAGACGAGGAAGUACGAGGACAUAGACAGGAACGGAGGAGGUUCCGACAGGAAGGUGUCCCCGGAGCGAGGGGCUCCGGGAGAGGAGUCAGGAGAGUGGGACAGAGGGGUUCUCGGUGUUACGUGUCGCUGGUGCUCCCAUGUUUUUCCCAAUGCGGCGGUUCUCCUGCAGCAUGAGCGCUACCACUGUAAGGGCGAUCGAGAAGCCGUGGAAGUGCCUGAGGCUCUUCAAAACAAAGACCACCACUCUCCGCCUUUGUCCAGGUCGGAGAGCAGCAGAACAAACGACGUAACCAACGGAGGCUCAGGAAACGAAUCCCCAGUGCAGAAGUGGCCCUCGGUACCUCACCAGCUUCUAGCCGCACUGCGUUCACCUCAAGACCACUUGGAAUCUUCGGGUCAGGAGAAAGGAAGCCCCAGCCGCGCCUCGGAGUUGUUGUCCCCUCUCCCCGGAAGAAGACUGCUAUCUUUGGGUUCUCCUGUUAGCCUGGACCUCAGCGGCCAGCCCUCAGAACUCUCCUCAGCUCAAAACGAACCUCUGGACCUCUCUGUGCGCAAGCAGAUGGAAGAGCGAAGAAAUGACGGCGCCGGUAAAAGGGAAAGGACAGCAGACGGGAGCAGGCAGAUGAGGCGUCAGAGUCCCAAUCAACUUUCCGACCAAGCCUUACAUCCUCACCCACUCUACAGAGCUCCUUUGUUUCCACACUCCUUAUACAACGGGUUCCCUUUCUUCAGCCAAUCUGCUUUGGGCUUUGCGGGCCAUGACGGCAUGGCACCACUUCCGUUCAGCCCAUCACCCGUCGGCCCCGGAUUUCUUUCGCCUUUGGCUUACAUGGUGGAGGCGGAGUCGGAGGCGACCUUGAAGAAGCUCCACCAGGAGAGACAAGCGCUCAUGGGGGAGGUGUUAAACCGCGGUGCUCUCGACUACCUCUCGAUGAUGGAUGAAAGCUUGGAGGGUGAUGGUGCACCAGGACGUAAGAGGCUGAAGAAGACGGACGAGGGUCUGUACGCUUGCGACAUCUGUGACAAAACCUUCCAGAAAAGCAGCUCUCUGCUCAGACACAAAUACGAACACACAGGCAAGCGUCCUUACGAAUGCAAAGUGUGCAACAAGGCUUUCAAGCACAAGCACCAUCUGAUCGAGCACAGCCGCCUCCACUCGGGGGAGAAACCCUACCAAUGUGACAAGUGCGGCAAGCGCUUCUCGCACUCUGGUUCGUACUCGCAGCACAUGAAUCACCGCUACGCCUACUGCAGCAAGGACCAGGACACCGACCAAGACCACGACGAAGUGCCCGCCGUUCUGUCCGCCGAGGACACCCAGACGCCGCAGUCCUUCCUCAGUGACGCCAGUCUGGACGGAGCCUCAGAGGCCCCCAAAGAGGACCGAGAAGGAAGAGUUGAGGAAGAGCCAGUAACCCAAGAAACGAGGGAGGACGAGAGUUGCACUGGAGGAAACCACUUUGAUGGAGCGGCGCUUUGGGGAGCCCACCCCCAGGUCCAGAACGGAGACUUGGAUAAAUGUGAACUGAGCCUAGAUAUAACAGAUCUACCACGGAUACAAACUUGAGAGUCUUAAUAGCCAAAGCAUUUAUCAAGGUUUCAUUAACAUGCCAAAGAAACACACGACCGCUCAAGCCAAACACGAGACCAACAAAAGUAUUUUAUAAAGCAUCCUAGAUUUUUAUGUAUUGUCUGUUUUUAUAGUAUGCUAAAGCUAAUUAAGCCAGUUGAGAUUCCUACGCUAGCAGUGCUAGCCAAAAUAGCUUGCCUACAUUCUUCUGCCUUUGGAAUCCAUCUGUCCAUUUUCGAUAGCGCUUCCCCAACAAAGUCUCAGGUGAGCUGGAACAUUUCUUCAUCUACAGCGGACGCCCGCUGACGUGCGGCGGGGUAGGAACCGGGCUGGCCCGCCCAUAGCCAAAACCUGCUGACAACACUGGUCAGCAAAUUUAACCUGAGAUCCGAGUAAUCUUUUUAUCUUAUUAAGAUUCAGAAUCUGUCCUCAUUUCGCUCUCUAACACAUCAGGGUUUCAUAAUAAUAAAAUAACAAUAAUAUGUAAUUUAGUAAUAUAUUUAGUAAUAAAGUAUUUCUGAAUUUGGGUUAUGUUCAGUAAUAGGCAUUUAAAUUAUAGAUUGGCAAAAUCCGUAUUGCGCAAGCUUUUUAUUGGUCAAACCUAAAAUAAACACAAAAAAAAUCUUAAAAAAACAAUGUGCAAAGGGGAAAAAUGAAAUCAGUGCCACACAAAGCCAUCUCUGAUCAAAAUUUGCUGUCAUUGAUAUAAAUAAUUCAGCAAAAAAACACCUCCGAUACGCAAUUUCAUCAUGAAAAUAUACACAGUAUAUUUUAAAAAUAUAUGAUGCAUUUUGCAACAAGAAAAUUGGCCUUUUCUACAUUAAUUUGUUCUAUGCAGCCCCAUUAGUCGAAGCACGAUAUUCUGAUCAAUAUUCCAUUUGUGGAAUAUGAAUCAAAAAGCAAAAUCCGCCUGAUUUUUAUCCAUCACAGUUUGUGGUCGUUUUAUCACUCGCUGUCAACCGAAAAUGACAUCGCAGUUGCUCAGGGCUCACCUGUUAUCCGAGUUUGGUCAUGUGACGUUCACAAGCCGAGCUGGAAUUUGCUUGUCAUGCGUGGCACCAUUUUUUGAUGUGAAUGGACACCGCAAGACCAUCUUAUCUUCAACAGCAGGUUCUGCUAUGCAAAUGACUGACAAGUCUUCGCUGCCUUUAAAUGCCUUCAAACACACACACACGGUGCACACUUAACAGUAAAGUAUAUAUGUAACAACCUAUAUUUUGUGUUUUUUUUUUUAAUGUUUUUUAUUAUUAUUAUAUAUUUGUCUGCAUGUUUGUGCAUAUUUGUAAUAAAUUGUGGAGAUACUUUACUGCAA